AUGGGUGACUCAAUCCGCGAUAUGACCACUAAGUUUGCCAAGCCGAAGAAGUUUGAAGGCUUUGACUUUGGGUGUUGGAAGAAAAGGAUGCACUUCAUGAUGACCACUCUAAAAGCAACAUACGUGCUGACUACUCCAAGACCAGCAGAGCCUGCAGAAGAUGUUGCUGAGACUGCUGAAGAGACAAGAAGGAGACUGAAGUGGGACAAUGAUGACUACAUCUGCAAAGGUCACAUUCUGAAUGGUAUGUCUGAUGCUUUAUUUGAUAUCCAUAGUGAAGCCUUGUGUGCCAAGGAGUUGUGGGACACCAUUGAACUGAAAUACAUUACUAAGGAUGCUUCUAGCAAGAAGUUUCUGGUCAGUGACUUUAAUAAUUAUAAGAUGGAAGAUUCAAGGUCUGUCACUGAACGAUAUGAUGAACUCCUUGACAUAUACGACCAAUUUAAAUUGCACCGUAUGGAUAUGGAUGAAUCCAUUGUUGUGUCCACUAUCAUUGACAAACUGCAUCCGUCCUGGAAAGACUUCAAACAUAACUUGAAACAUCAAAAGGAGGAACUGUCAUUGGUUCAACUUGCUAGUCACAUUCGUAUUGAAGAAUCUCUUCGUGCGCAGGAAAGUAACAAAUCUAAAAAACCCAAAGGAACAGUUGAACCUUGA